CAACCCCAGUUGGGGAUCAAGCCUGAAACCCCAGGCAUGUGCCCUGAUGGGGAAUUGAACCAUGACCUGCUUCAUAGGUCGAUGUUCAACCACUGAGCCAUGCCGGCCGGGCCAGUGUUUGUUGUUUAGAGAAGAGAUAGGAAUGGAAUAUACUGCAGUCCAAGACCAACUAGCUGUCACCUACUCCUCAGGUGCCGCCUAGCGAAACAGCUCCCUGGGCUAAAGAUCCCAGAACAGGGAAAGUUGGAAGUAUCUACAGUGGCAAUUGUCAGGUCUAGAAAGAAAUAAGGUCUCAGGCUGAAGAACCCAGUUCUGCUUGCUUGGCACCGAACACCUUUGUCCUGGAAGGAGAGUGUGCUGAGUUCUUGAUUUGAUGUCCCAAUAUUUCCUUGGUGAAACCACAGGCAGAACUCCAGGUGCAUGUCUCUUAGUCUUAUAGAACAUCAAAGACAAAUGAUACCUGGGUCCAAACCUCUUCAUUUGAUAGAUGAACAAGAAAGUACUGAAGGGGUGAUGUGCCCAAGGUCACCCAGCCAAGAGGCUGAGCAGGACUAUACAUCAGAUCUGUUGACCUCAGUCCCUUGUGUAAUCCUUCGAUCAGAUUAGGGGGUUCAUAGUUUGGCAGCUGUUGGAUAGCUCUUGGAUCUAGGUGGCACUGACGCUUAAUGCCUGUUCUGCUGUGGAUGCUUGAACUUGUCCUCAGUGACUCAGCCUGUGUGGCCCCAGCUGCCCUGCCCCUCCUGCCGCAGUUCCCACCCUCUCUGUGGCCACAUUGAUGGCCCUUAUCUCUUUGCCCACCUGGCUCUGUGCAGCACUCCACUGCCGUGGCCAGGAUGGGCUUGUGCGUUCAGUGUCCUGGUUAGUGCAGCAAUAGCAGAUCCUACUGUCGUUUCCUUCUGGUCUCUGCUUCUCUGGGUCUGUGAGGAGAGCAGAAGGAAGAAAACAGCCCAAAGAUGAGAGUGAUUCGCGUGGGUACCCGCAAGAGCCAGCUGGCGCGCAUACAGACGGACAGCGUGGUGGCAAUGCUGAAAACCUUAAACCCAGGCCUGCAGUUUGAAAUCGUUGCUAUGUCCACCACAGGGGACAAGAUUCUUGAUACUGCGCUCUCUAAGAUUGGAGAGAAGAGCCUGUUUACCAAGGAGCUGGAGCAUGCGUUAGAGAAGAAUGAUAGAGGCGGGAUGGAUGGAGCAGAGGUGGGAGCUGCUGCCUGGACCCUUCUCCUGCCCCCAUCCCAUCUCUCUAGAGUGGACCUGGUCGUUCACUCCCUGAAGGACCUGCCCACUGUGCUUCCUCCAGGCUUCACCAUUGGAGCCGUCUGCAAGCGAGAGAACCCCUAUGAUGCUGUUGUCUUUCACCCAAAAUUUGUUGGGAAGACCCUAGAGACCUUGCCAGAGAAGAGUGUGGUGGGAACCAGCUCCCUGCGAAGAGCGGCCCAGCUGCAGAGAAAGUUCCCACAUCUGCAGUUCAAGAGCAUCCGGGGAAACCUCAACACUCGGCUCCAGAAGCUGGACGAGCUGCAGGAGUUCAGUGCCAUCAUCUUGGCUGCAGCGGGCCUGCAGCGCAUGGGCUGGCAGAACCGCGUGGGGCAGAUCCUGCACCCUGAGGAAUGCAUGUACGCUGUGGGUCAGGGGGCCCUGGGCGUGGAGGUGCGAGCCAAGGACCAGGACAUCUUGGACCUGGUGGGCACGUUGCACCAUCCUGAGACCCUGCUUUGCUGCAUUGCCGAGCGAGCCUUCCUGAAGCACCUGGAAGGCGGCUGCAGCGUACCCGUAGCAGUGCACACAGCUAUUCAGGAUGGACAGCUGUACCUGACUGGAGGAGUCUGGAGUCUGGACGGCUCAGAGAGCAUGCAAGAGACCAUGCAGGCCACCAUCCAUGUCCCUGCCCAGCAUGAAGAUGGCCCUGAAGAUGACCCACAGUUGGUGGGCAUCACUGCCCAGAACAUUCCACGAGCAGCCCAGCUGGCUGCUGAGAACCUGGGCACCAGCCUGGCCAACUUGUUGCUGAACAAAGGAGCCAAGAACAUCUUGGACGUCGCACGGCAGCUUAAUGAUGCCCACUGACUGGUGGGCUGCUGCCGCCCAGGCUGGCACCCUAGGCCUCAGGGGCCUGAACUGCAGAGUCAGACUCCCAGGGACGGCCUUGCCUGCUCAGUAGGUGGGGCUCUUCUCUUUAGAGCCCAAGCCUUUGAAAUGUAAUCGACUCUGCUAAUAAACCAGCUCUGAAGGUG